AUGGUGCUGUUUGAAAGGCCCAAUUUACAGUAUACAGAGAAGUACUGUUAUUGUCUCAGAGUUAUAACAGAGAAGUACUGUUAUUGUCUCAGAGUUAUAACAGAGAAGUACUGUUAUUGUCUCAGAGUUAUAACAGAGAAGUACUGUUAUUGUCUCAGAGUUAUAACAGAGAAGUACUGUUAUUGUCUCAGAGUUAUAACAGAGAAGUACUGUUAUUGUCUCAGAGUUAUAACAGAGAAGUACUGUUAUUGUCUCAGAGUUAUAACAGAGAAGUACUGUUAUUGUCUCAGAGUUAUAACAGAGAAGUACUGUUAUUGUCUCAGAGUUAUAACAGAGAAGUACUGUUAUUGUCUCAGAGUUAUAACAGAGAAGUACUGUUAUUGUCUCAGAGUUAUAACAGAGAAGUACUGUUAUUGUCUCAGAGUUAUAACAGAGAAGUACUGUUAUUGUCUCAGAGUUAUAACAGAGAAGUACUGUUAUUGUCUCAGAGUUAUAACAGAGAAGUACUGUUAUUGUCUCAGAGUUAUAACAGAGAAGUACUGUUAUUGUCUCAGAGUUAUAACAGAGAAGUACUGUUAUUGUCUCAGAGUUAUAACAGAGAAGUACUGUUAUUGUCUCAGAGUUAUAACAGAGAAGUACUGUUAUUGUCUCAGAGUUAUAACAGAGAAGUACUGUUAUUGUCUCAGAGUUAUAACAGAGAAGUACUGUUAUUGUCUCAGAGUUAUAACAGAGAAGUACUGUUAUUGUCUCAGAGUUAUAACAGAGAAGUACUGUUAUUGUCUCAGAGUUAUAACAGAGAAGUACUGUUAUUGUCUCAGAGUUAUAACAGAGAAGUACUGUUAUUGUCUCAGAGUUAUAACAGAGAAGUACUGUUAUUGUCUCAGAGUUAUAACAGAGAAGUACUGUUAUUGUCUCAGAGUUAUAACAGAGAAGUACUGUUAUUGUCUCAGAGUUAUAACAGAGAAGUACUGUUAUUGUCUCAGAGUUAUAACAGAGAAGUACUGUUAUUGUCUCAGAGUUAUAACAGAGAAGUACUGUUAUUGUCUCAGAGUUAUAACAGAGAAGUACUGUUAUUGUCUCAGAGUUAUAACAGAGAAGUACUGUUAUUGUCUCAGAGUUAUAACAGAGAAGUACUGUUAUUGUCUCAGAGUUAUAACAGAGAAGUACUGUUAUUGUCUCAGAGUUAUAACAGAGAAGUACUGUUAUUGUCUCAGAGUUAUAACAGAGAAGUACUGUUAUUGUCUCAGAGUUAUAACAGAGAAGUACUGUUAUUGUCUCAGAGUUAUAACAGAGAAGUACUGUUAUUGUCUCAGAGUUAUAACAGAGAAGUACUGUUAUUGUCUCAGAGUUAUAACAGAGAAGUACUGUUAUUGUCUCAGAGUUAUAACAGAGAAGUACUGUUAUUGUCUCAGAGUUAUAACAGAGAAGUACUGUUAUUGUCUCAGAGUUAUAACAGAGAAGUACUGUUAUUGUCUCAGAGUUAUAACAGAGAAGUACUGUUAUUGUCUCAGAGUUAUAACAGAGAAGUACUGUUAUUGUCUCAGAGUUAUAACAGAGAAGUACUGUUAUUGUCUCAGAGUUAUAACAGAGAAGUACUGUUAUUGUCUCAGAGUUAUAACAGAGAAGUACUGUUAUUGUCUCAGAGUUAUAACAGAGAAGUACUGUUAUUGUCUCAGAGUUAUAACAGAGAAGUACUGUUAUAAUUCUCAAUAG